CAAAAUUGUAUCUGUUCCAGGUUUGGGCUUGCAAAUACAGUGCUACCAGUGUGAGGAGUUCCAGCUAAAUAAUGACUGCUCUGCUCCGGAGUUCAUCGUGAAUUGUACAGUGAAUGUUCAAGAUAUGUGUCAGAAAGAAGUAAUGGAAAAAAGUUUUGGAAUCAUGUACCGCAAAUCCUGCGCGUCCUCGGCAGCGUGUCUGAUAGCCUCUGCUGGGUACCAGUCCUUUUGCUCUCCAGGGAAGGUGAACUCUGUUUGUAUCAGCUGCUGCAACACUCCACUCUGCAACGGACCCCGGCCGAAGAAGAGGGGGAAUUCUGGUGUGGUGCCAAGGGCGCACGUGACAACCACCGUUCUGCUCCUUAAAUUGGCUCUGUUGUUUUUGUAUUGCUAA